AGAAAAGGGGUAUUUUUGGCAUUGAAAAGUGCAGACGUGCACGCCCCAAAAAGGAAUCCCGCCGAGUAUUCCUAUUUUGGUGCUACUUUCGAGUAGGAAACGCAGAGGCAAACUUCACACUCCAGUUGUAAGAGGGCUCUUCGAGUUGUACAAUCCAAUUCGAAUUCUGGUGGCUAUGGCAACGGAGAGGAGUGCUACGACAGAGAAAGAAGUUGGCGAUAAGAGUCUGACACCAUUGACAUCGCCUGAAGAAACAGUCCCGCACCUAUUCCUCAAGAGAUGUAAAAAGAAGGUACUGAAGGCACAAGAUAGCACUCCACGAAGGAGAAGCGGAAGGUUGCAGAGCGUUGUGUUCGGGAUGAGAAACAAGCUGCGUGGGGGACCUGAGAGAAUUGAUCUUGUUGGUGAAGAAUCUAACCAUAGUGGGGGGUCUGCUGAAGUUGAAGGGCUUAGGGAUGAAGCAGACAAAGAAAUGACAGAGAUCCAAAAAAAUGCUAAGAAUAUGCAAGCUAGGCAGGGUGCAGAUGAUGCAGAUGGGGGUGAAAAUAAUGCAGCCCCAUCAAGUAUGGAGAGUGAUGUUGACGCAGAAGGCACUGAUGAGGAGGAUGGGGAUGAUGGGGAGGAUGGAGAAGGCAGUGGUGAGGAGGAGGCAGAUGAUGAUGGUGAAGAAGUCAGUGAUGGAUCGGAAAGUGAUGAUGCACAGGGAUCAGAUGAGGAUGAAUCAGGAGAUUGCAAGGGGGGAGAUUAUAGAGAUGAGGAAGAAAUUGCUGGAGUGCAAGAUGAAUAUAGUAGUGAGCGGGUUGCAUCGGUGAAACGGACAACGCCAAGAGCAGUUGGUAAGAGUGUCCAACAUUCACGUGAAAGAUCAAGUCAGCGUAUUGAGCAAGGGAGGGAGAGAUUACAAGUGAGGAAAAAAGGGAGGAAUGGAAAGAAGAAAUUGGUAGAUAUCAAGGCGCCGUAUGGGUCCUUGAAGACAAGGUCGACACCCCAUGUUUUAAUGAAAGCAAUAGAGGGGAUGAAUGAUGAUCAGCGUGCCGCUGUUGAAAGGAUUGGGUUUGGGUCAGUUUUAAAGCUUGAUAUUUGGGAGUUGCCAUCAAGGUUGGGACUCUGGGUCGUAUCAAACUAUGAUGCUAGGAGCAGCUGUCUGAAACUACCAGACAAUACAAAGAUGCACAUAACUGCUGAGGAUGUUAAUACCGUCUUGGGGUGGCCGAUUGGUGGAGAGCGCAUUCAAAAUAACAAGCGUAAUAAGGACAAGUUGUUGGUGAAUGAGUGGAGGCUUAAGUUUGAUACUACGGGCAUUAAGAUCACUCCACAUGAUGUUGUGGAAAAGAUGCUGCAAUGCACAGAUGGGGGGGAGUGGUUUGUGAGACAUUUUGUGACACUUAUUAUGUCGGUACUUGUGGACAGCACAUCACAUGGUAAUGUGAAUGCCCUGGUGAUGGACCAUUUGAGAGAUGUGGGGAGAGUUCCUAAAUUGAAUUGGUGUCAAUAUGUUCUUGACAAGCUAAUUGAGAACAAGCUAAGGUGGGAGAAGAAAACGAAGCAGCUUUUCGGUGGUCCAGUGCUCUUUCUGAUGGUGUUCUACGUUGAUCGUGUUUCUGAUUUCUCAAGAACAGUUCCUAGGACAUAUCCAGCUGUGUUGGCAUGGAGUGGAAAGGAACUGCGAAAGAGAGAGAACAGUGAGGUUGUUGAAGGCGGAUUUGGUUUAGGCCAUGAUGAAGGACGUAUGAGUCGUGAGAUGCGGCUGGAAGUGAACAGAGAGCUCAUUCAGAGAGAAGGGAAGGCUACAGAGGAUGUAACGCCCCGAAAACCGGCUUAGUAGUUAGUUGUAAUUUUAAUAAAAAUACAUAUAAUAUUUAUUUACUUUAAAAUAUGGAUUAUUGGUUAAGUUAUCCGUUUUAAAUGAAAAUUGUGUUUUCGG